AUCCAGAAGUCGUGAACCGAGCAAAACCAGUUCGAUAGGUGCCAGCCGUGGCGAACAGGUCGAGCCGGCGGCCGUCACUCCGAGAGUAUACUCCGAGAGGCAUCCUCCUCUUCCCAUUCUCGGGUUUCUGUCGCGAAUCCGUCUGUCGCACGCGACGUAUGAUAUCUCGCGCCUGCCGAGUGAGUGUCCCAAGGUCGGUCGAAGGGCGAUCUCCAGGGCUCGUGGAGUUCGCGGGGUCACAGAUGAAACGGGGAGACACCGGGCGUGGGAGACACCACUCGACAGGCUUCGACCACGUGGCCGCAGCUGUUCACCGGGGAUUCGCGAUCGAGGGUGCGAGAUCUGACUGACGCCAGGUGAUUCAGGUGAUCUCGUGGGACGCGUUCAGCGCGUGGAAUCUAAUUCGACGGUCACCUUAUCGAGGAGAGAUGAUGCAUCGCCGUGCGAUCUGACAACUUGAAGGGGUUUUAUAGCAACAUCGCAUCAGAAGCAGAAGCAACAGCAACGGUCUGUCGAGCGGUGUCAGUCAAGAUGUGCGACCGGCGGAAACAGGCCUGGGCCACCGUUAUCAUUGGCAACGUGUUGAUCUACACCGUUGUUAUCGCCAGCCCGAUCUAUGUUCCUCAAUUUCAACCAGGAAGCACGGGAAGAAACAUCAGACACUUGCCCUGCGUGUCACGCAGAAGCGGUGAGACCGGUGUGUGCAUGUUCGCGUUUACCUGUGCGAAGGCUAAUGGCACGCAUCUUGGCACCUGCAUCGACCGCUUCUACUUCGGUAGCUGCUGCAAGAUUGACGACGAGCCGGACAUUUUUCCGCAGGACAACAGUAUCGACGACGGUCCGUCGCCACUGAGGCCGUUCGUCACGACCCACAGGCCUAUCGGGAGUAGCGGCAUACCGGAGUACUUCACGAGGACCAAGCCGACCGAUGAAAAGAAACCAGUCGAGGCUUCGCAAAUCACGACAACAUCCGCGUUCAUGAAUACGCAAAGCACGCAAACUUCAGCAAAUACGAUGAGAGACACCACGAAGUUCGUGACAAAGAAGCCAACGAUCACGACGAUAGAAAUGACUACGCAGACUACUCGCCUUUCAACAUUCCAAACCGUGCAAAACGCCAGACCCAGCACGGAAGCCACGUUAUUGAAGAAAACCAACAGUACUGUAAAUAUUACAUCGAGUGUAUCACCAGGUACAACGAGACAACCUACGAAACCGUCCACCUUGGCCACCACCCUGCAGUCUAGCGCCGUGAAUGCAACGAAACCGACGACCCUCACGACAUUAUUGAAAACGACUACCAAGAAACCUGUCGUCUCCACGACAGCGCAGAGACCAACUGUGCUCACGUCCCAGAAGCCACUCUCUUCGACUACUCGCGGGCCGAUUCUACCACACGAAUCGACUACGACUACGAUAAAGAACGUUCUCGCGACUACCACGCAGAAAGUGGUGCCUUCGACAAGAUUCCCACCGAGAAAUACGACGUCGAUCAAACCGUUGACUCAGACGACCACGAGGAAACCCAGCACUAAGAGGCCUAGUAGCACCACCGUGACAUCGAAACGCCCAUUGGUGACUACGAAGAAACCCACCACAUUGACGAAGAGGCCGUCAACGUCUUCGAAACCUCUCACGAAUUCCAGCUUUGGCACCACUUUACCGGUAACGACCAAGCCUUACUCAACUUACGGGCCGUCCAGCAGCGUCGGAUCUUCCAGCACGGGCAUCAAUCGAACGACGGAGAGUACUUUAGCCUCCACUGGAAUUAGACCCUCGACUGCGACGACGGCGGUUACGAGCGCAAGUAAUCAGAAGACCACCAUUACGACCAAGAGCCCGGAUCAGAAAGUGUCUGUUACGAAAACGACGACACUGAAGACGACCCCGAAAACGACAACGAUCAGGACAACCACCGCUAGAACGACAACGGCUAAAACGACCAUCAGCAGAUCGACCACGGCUAAACCGUCAACGACCACGACGAGGUUGAAACCCACUAAGAUCGCUAAUACAACCAUCAGACCCGAAUACACCAACGUCACGACAACCACGGAGAGAACGAGGCCGUUAUCGUCAACUGUCAGUUCAACGGUUGGCGCUACGAAACCGAGACCCAGCACAAUGAAACCAACACCCUUGACGAAGGUUCCCGCGAACACGUCCAGUAUCGUGGAGGUCACCACAAGUAUCUCGAGUUCGAUAUCCACGUUUACCGUUAGGAACGAGAGCACCUCGACCCACGUACCUCCUACCAAGGGUCAGAAUGUUAAUCACACCCUCGAGGAAAUCCCGUUGACUACGUAUUCGCCAGGACUGGUGACGUGGAGCUCCAACUCCGAUGAAAUUUCUACGAAGGCGUCCAACGAAACGUCUUCGUCAACUUCAACGGUACCUACCACGUCAGAGCAAACUGAUUGGGCGCCGAUAACGACUCCGGAUGGUUGGAUAAUGAUUCAGUCGCCCACCACCGAAAAGUUACCGCAGACUCAGGAGUCGACGACCGAACCGGUUGCGGAAUCCACUAUACAGUCUUUGACUUCUGCCACACCGUUAACAGAGAGCAAUAUCCCCGUCCCCACGAAGAGACCAACGGUAAUCCCUUUGCUGUCAACGAUCGCCAGCGUUACGAUCGACGCGGAACUUCCGGUACCGAUGGACACCCUCAAUAUGUCGGACUACAAACAAGUGUGCGGGCGAAGACUGUUCCCGGAGCCCAAGAUCGUCGGUGGUGACCGAAGCUCUUUCGGGAAAUGGCCUUGGCAGAUCUCAUUACGUCAAUGGCGAUCGCAGACGUAUCUGCACAAAUGCGGCGCGGCAUUGUUGAACGAGAACUGGGCUAUUACCGCGGCGCACUGCGUCGAGAGCGUACCACCUAGCGAACUGCUGUUGAGGAUCGGCGAACACGAUUUGGCGAACGAGGACGAGCCGUACGGAUAUCAGGAGAGAAGGGUGCAAAUUGUCGCGAGCCACCCGCAAUUUGACGCGCGCACCUUCGAGUACGAUCUCGCCCUGUUACGAUUCUACGAGCCGCUUGUGCCGUUCCAACCCAACGUCCUGCCGAUUUGCUUGCCCGACGACGACGAAACCUACGUUGGCCGCACCGCCUACGUUACUGGCUGGGGCAGACUUUACGACGAGGGACCGCUACCGUCCGUGUUACAGGAGGUUGCAGUACCGGUUAUCAAUAACAGCGUGUGCGAAGCGAUGUACAGAAACGCGGGUUACAUCGAGCACAUUCCGCACAUAUUUAUCUGCGCCGGCUGGAGAAACGGCGGAUUCGACUCUUGCGAGGGUGAUAGCGGCGGUCCGAUGGUCAUCCAAAGAGCGCGAGACAAGCGAUGGAUCCUCGCCGGAAUCAUCAGCUGGGGAAUCGGUUGCGCCGCGCCCAAUCAGCCUGGCGUUUACACGCGUAUCUCGGAGUUUCGCGAUUGGAUCAACCAGAUCCUGCAAUUCUGAGCGUCUCGGCGAAAGAGCGUGCUCCGCGCUCGAAACUCGCGCUUUCGCGUCGCGCCGACUCCCACGGACGUUCGUAACGAUCGCCAAGCGG